GGCAGGCGUUUUUUCAGAGGCCGCCGUUCGUUCUUCAGGUACCAAACCCCCCAAUGUCUGAGAAGCCAAAGAGAACAUCCACUCUGGCAUCCCUCGGAAUUGCCCCAGGUGCAGCCACGCCACCACCUGCAGCUGCUAAAAAGCCUGCAACCAAGCCAGCUGUUCCAAAGCAAACGACAGCCACCAGUCCACGCCCUGUUGUGAAAGCAACAGAUGGACGAUCUACACCAGCAAAAACGACACGUCCAGCCGCAGCGCCUGUAAAACCAGCUGUGCCUCGAGCUCCAAGACCCUCGGUUGAAGGCACUCGAUCACCAGCCCCUACAGCCAGAACUCCAGUCACCAAAGCAACCGGCUCAACCACCACGCGUGCUGCCACCGCCUCGGCUGGAACACGCACGGCUUCGUCACUUGGAGCAAAGGUAGCAGGAUCAACAACCACUAGACCCAGCGCCACGCCAGGCACAUCUGCCAGAAGACCUGUGGCUUCAUCCGUCACCCCGGUCCCUGCCACGUCUGCCGCCAGAAAGGCUUCCGUAACUCCUCGCGUUGCUUCGGGUUCUUCAGCAACCACUAAUGCUGCAGCCAAGCCAACUGCAAGUGAGGUUGUGAAAAAUCUAAAGCAAAAGGUGAGUAGCACAUUGUUUCGACCUACAUGUGGGGACUAAAUUCUAAAUCGGUGUUGUUACGACUUUUAGAAUGAGGAGAUGCAAAAUGAGAUCCAAUCUAGAGACUCCGUCAUAAAGGAAUUGGAGGACAAGUUGCGCAAAUAUGAAGAAAAGGAGCAAAGCG